AUGUCCGCAUCAACUCUGCGUCGCAGAAGAACAAAAUGCCCAGACCCUCGAAUUUUGCUGAUGCUGGCAAAACAGUAUCCCAACCCUACGCUUACUGCCAGCAAUAAUGGAUUUUCAAUUUCUUGUAAUAACGGGACUACGUUCAAAAUCCCUUUUCUGUUACCAGCGCAAUUUUUUGCAACUUCGGAUAGAAACAAAAAUCCAAACAUCUUUAUGGUGUUUCGGAAACUCUUUCUACUAAGUCUUCAGAAAAACCGUAAUGCUUUAUCUUCAGAACAAAAGUACGUUUCGAUACUUGCGGGACAGGCGUGGGAUAACCGAGACCAGUCUGCCCGAGAUACGAUUCGAUGGUACGCAGACCAGUUGAAGCAAUAUAAGAAGAGAAAUGCUACCCCUUCUGUGACAAGCUUUCCUUAUGUUGUUCCAUGCAUAGGUUGCGGUAUUUUCAAUUUGUUAAACCCACUAGCAUCUGCAACCUUUGCUCCGUGCUUGAACGCAAUGGUUGUUUCUGCAGAACCGUUAUUACAAGCACAAGGUGGUCUUAAUGUGGCCGAAGAUUUAUCCAACGUCGACCAAACCGAAAGUUCGAUUGAUCAGACUUUUUAUAACGAACCAAAAUAA